UGCAGGGACAACACACAAGAACACAAUGUGGAAGAAGGUGUUAGUAGCGUUGGCGGCGGUGUUGGCGGUGGACGCCCUCAAGGUCGAGGAGGCCGAGGUUCAGCGCGUGCCUCGCCAAAGCGGAGGUUACGCGUAUCAGCAACCGGUUGGAGGCCAGGCUGUACUCGGGUCUGGAACUGGAGGAGCCACUGGGGGCCAAGCCGCACUAGGAUCUGGGACUGGAGGAGCAACUGGAGGCCAGGCUGCACUCGGAGCUGGGGCAGCAGCUGCAGGCGCCGGAGCAGCAGCAGCAGCAGGCGCUGGAGCAGCAGCAGCAGCAGGGGCUGGAGCAGCAGCGGCAGCAGGCGCUGGAGCCGGGGCAGGAGCAUCUGGUGGCCAGGCCGCACUCGGGGCAGGAGUGGGAGGACAAGCAGCGCUCGGCGCCGGUGGGGCCGUUACCCCAUGGCCACCUCUUAUGCCCUACCAGUUCGCUUAUGAAGUUAAGGACGACGCAACCACCAAUUACCAUAACCGAGUUGAAUUUGUCGAAAAUGGAGUUCUACAGGGAAGUUUCAGCCUUCUCUCCUCAGACGGCGUUGUGCGCACCUAUAUCUAUUCUGACGAUGGCACUUCUGGAUUUAAGGUUACCUCCCACGAGAUCCCGACAGACAUCGUUGUAGCUGGAUCGGGCUUGCCAGGAGACCCCAAAGCUGCUGGUGGUGCAGGCGCUAGUGCUGGUGCUAGUGCAGCUGCAAGCGCAUCGGCCGGAGCAAGUGGAGGUGCAGGCGCUGCCGGAGCUGCUGCUGCUGCAUCUGGAUCAGCAGGAUUCGGAGCCGGUGGAGCAUCAGCUAGCGCAGCUGGAUCAGCUGGAUUCGGAGCCGGUGGAGCAUCAGCUGGCGCAGCUGGAUCAGCUGGAUUCGGAGCCGGUGGAGCAUCAGCUGGCGCAGCUGGAUCAGCUGGAUUCGGAGCCGGUGGAGCAUCAGCUGGCGCAGCUGGAUCAGCAGGAUUCGGAGCCGGUGGAGCAUCAGCUGGCGCAGCUGGAUCAGCUGGAUUCGGAGCCGGUGGAGCAUCAGCUGGCGCAGCUGGAUCAGCUGGAUUCGGAGCCGGUGGAGCAUCAGCUAGCACAGCUGGAUCAGCUGGAUUCGGAGCCGGUGGAGCAUCAGCUGGCGCAGCUGGAUCAGCUGGAUUCGGAGCCAGUGGAGCAUCAGCUGGCGCAGCUGGAUCAGCUGGAUUCGGAGCCGGUGGAGCAUCAGCUGGCGCAGCUGGAUCAGCAGGAUUCGGAGCCGGUGGAGCAUCAGCUGGCGCAGCUGGAUCAGCAGGAUUCGGAGCCGGUGGAGCAUCAGCUGGUGCAGCUGGAUCAGCAGGAUUCGGAGCCGGUGGAGCAUCAGCUGGUGCAGCUGGAUCAGCUGGAUUCGGAGCCGGUGGAGCAUCAGCUGGUGCAGCUGGAUCAGCAGGAUUCGGAGCCGGUGGAGCAUCAGCUAGUGCAGCUGGAUCAGCAGGAUUCGGAGCCGGUGGAGCAUCAGCUGGUGCAGCUGGAUCAGCUGGAUUCGGAGCUGGUGGAGCAGGAGGUGGAGCUGGAUUCGGAGCUGGUGGAGCGGCAUCUGGCGCAGCUGGAUCAGCAGGAUUCGGAGCUGGUGGAGCAGGAGGUGCAGCUGGAUUCGGAGCUGGUGGAGCAGGAGGUGCAGCUGGAUUCGGAGCUGGUGGAGCAGGAGGUGCAGCUGGAUUCGGAGCCGGUGGAGCGGCAGCUGGUGCAGCUGGAUCAGCAGGAUUCGGAGCUGGUGGAGCGGGAGGUGCAGCUGGAUUCGGAGCUGGUGGAGCAGGAGGUGCAGGUGGAUUCGGAGCUGGUGGAGCGGGAGGUGCAGGUGGAUUCGGAGCCGGUGGAGCGGGAGGUGCAGGUGGAUUCGGAGCCGGUGGAGCGGGAGGUGCAGGUGGAUUCGGAGCCGGUGGAGCGGGAGGUGCAGCUGGAUUCGGAGCCGGUGGAGCGGGAGGUGCAGCUGGAUUCGGAGCUGGUGGAGCAGGAGGUGCAGCUGGAUUCGGAGCCGGUGGAGCGGGAGGUGCAGCUGGAUUCGGAGCUGGUGGAGCAGGAGGUGCAGGUGGAUUCGGAGCCGGUGGAGCGGGAGGUGCAGCUGGAUUCGGAACUGGUGGAGCGGGAGGUGCAGGUGGAUUCGGAGCUGGUGGAGCAGGAGGUGCAGGUGGAUUCGGAGCCGGUGGAGCGGGAGGUGCAGGUGGAUUCGGAGCCGGUGGAGCGGGAGGUGCAGGUGGAUUCGGAGCCGGUGGAGCGGGAGUUGCAGGUGGAUUCGGAGCUGGUGGAGCAGGAGGUGCAGGUGGAUUCGGAGCCGGUGGAGCGGGAGGUGCAGCUGGAUUCGGAGCCGGUGGAGCGGCAGCUGGUGCAGCUGGAUCAGCUGGAUUUGGAGCCGGUGGAGCGGCAGCUGGCGCAGCUGGAUCAGCAGGAUUCGGAGCCGGUGGAGCAGGAGGUGCAGCUGGAUUCGGAGCCGGUGGAGCGGCAGCUGGCGCAGCUGGAUCAGCAGGAUUCGGAGCUGGUGGAGCGGGAGGUGCAGCUGGAUUCGGAGCUGGAGGAGCAGGAGGUGCAGCAGGCUUUGGUGCCGGUGGAGCAUCAGCUGGCGCAGCAGGAUCAGCAGGUUUCGGAGCCGGUGGAGCCUCUGGAUUUGGAGUUGGUGGAGCGGGAAGUGCCGCGGCUGGUUCAUCUGGUUUUGGAGCUGGAGCAGCAGGUGCUGGUUUCGGAAGUGGAGGAGCUACAGUGUCUUCAGGAACUGGAUCUGGUGCCACAUUAUUCACAAGCUUUGGUCCUGGUGCAGCUGGUACUGUUGGAACCUUUGGUAGCGGUGCACCUAAUGUUCCCGUAUUUGUGGUACAUCCAAAUCUCGUUGGAGGAGCCGGCGCAACCCAUACAACGACAGGCACUUUUGGCCAGCCAAGUUUUGCUGCUCUAGUAAGUGGCCCUGGACAUGCCGGAGGAGCAUCUGUUAGCACCCACAGUGCUGCAGGACAAACUGGCCAGCCCACAUCUUUCUUCAUCCUCGGAGGAACAGGAGGUGCAGGAGUAGGUGCUGGUGCUGCAACUGGAGCUGGGGGAGCUGGUGGUGCAGCAGCUAGUGCUGCUGGAUCAGCUGGAUUUGGAGCUGGUGGAGCCGGAUCUUCUGGCUUUGGAGCUGGUGGAGCAGGUAGUGCAGCAGCUAGUGCUGCUGGAUCUUCUGGCUUUGGAGCUGGUGGGGCAGGUGCUGCAUCAGCCAGUGCAGCUGGGUCAGCUGGUUUUGGAACUGGUGCAGCUGGAUCAUCUGGUUUUGGAGCUGGUGGGGCAGGUGCUGCGUCGGCCAGUGCAGCUGGAUCAGCUGGUUUUGGAGCCGGUGGAGCUGGAUCAUCUGGUUUUGGAGCUGGAUCAUCUGGUUUUGGAGCUGGAUCAGCUGGUUUUGGAGCUGGUGGGGCAGGUGCUGCAUCAGCCAGUGCUGCUGGAUCAGCUGGUUUUGGAGCUGGAUCAGCUGGUUUUGGAGCUGGUGGGGCAGGUGCUGCAUCAGCCAGUGCUGCUGGAUCAGCUGGUUUUGGAGCUGGUGGAGUUGGAUCUACAGGGUUUGGAGCAGGUGGUUUUGGCACCGGUGGUGCAGCAGCAAGUGCCUCUGGAGCUGCUUCUGCUGGAACAUCUGGAUUUACUAGCACCGGAUUUCCUACUGCAUCGGCCCUCACCAGCACCCAAGGCUCAACUGCAGGAUUUACUACAGGCGGCGGAAGUUCUACCGUGUCAUUCUCUACUGGGGCUCCAGUAGCUGCUGCCCUAACAAGUACACCUCUUGGUUCUACUUCUGCAGCUUCUGCUGCUUCGUCUGCAGCAUCAGCAGGUUCUACUGGUGCAGGAUUUGGUGCAAGUGGAGCAAGUGCUGCUGCUGCAGGUUCUGCAGGUGCUAAUAUUGGGCAGAUUUUUUCAGCUCACACAGCUAGAGCUCUCCAGUCAGUACAUUCAGCAGCCCAAGCUUCUUCCGGCCCAACAGCAUCAGCUCUUGUAUCUGCGCCUGUUGGCAUAACAACCAACCAAGGUGCCUCAGCUGGUGCUAGUGCUGCUUCAAGUGCUGCUUCAGGUGCCGCUUCAGGUGCUGCCUCAGGUGCUGCAGCAGGUGCUGCUUCAAGUGCUGCUGCAGGUGCUGCUUCAAGUUCUGCCUCAGGUGCUGCUUCAAGUAUUGGCUCAAGAUUUUUAGGUGCAGGUAGCGCAGGUGCUCCUGCAUCAGUAACAAUAAUAAACCGAGGUGCACAAUCUACAGGUGCAGCCUCAGGGGCAGCUUCAGCCUCAAGUGGAGGAGCAGGUUCAUUUGGCCCAUCUUUCACAGUUUUCUCACCUGGUAGUGGUGGAGCUUCAGCAGCUUCUGCAUCUGGUGCAACAUUUGGCACCCAGUCUUCAGGUGCAGCAUCAGGAGCAGCCUCAGCCUCAAGUGGAGGAGCAGGUUCAUUUGGCCCAUCUUUCACAGUUUUUUCUCCUGGUAGCAGUGGUGCUGCAGCCGCUUCUGCAUCUGGCUCUGGCUCAACGUUUGGCACAAGUGGUAUUCAGGCAGUUCCAGUGUUUCUCCUGAAUCAGCAAUCAUUAGGAAACUUUGCCCCCACUGGCGGAGCAAACUUCUUCACCACUGGUGAUGCUGGAGCACCCUUCACAACAACUGUAUUCAACAGUGGUCCAUCACAAGGAAACACAAUUGGUGCUGCUAUUGCUGUGGGUAGCAGUUCACCGGUGAUUGCCAGCUCCCAAGGUGGUAACGUCCUGGGAACGACAAGACACCAGACAGAUCUUCAAGGCCACAGCAUCUUCGUGAACAAUCCUACUUCUUUCGCUCAAGUUCACACCAAACCAGCAGGCAGCGCAGGAAACGCUCUUCCUGGUUCUCAUGUUAAGUCGCAAGGCUAGGACAAACAUCUGAUAAGAAUGCAUCGUAUAGCUUUUCAAAAAUAUAUUUCAUUGUUGCGGAAGUAGGGAGUGGCUUUAAAUAGAAUGCGUGUUUAUAAGAGAAAUAUAUUGAAUGCGUUGUUUUUGUUAUCGUAUAUAGUGCUAUUAUGUAAUAUAUCUGUAUUAGUCUGUUAAUCAGUUUUAUGUGAAUGUGAAUUUUAUGUGUAUAUAGAAAUAUAUAAAUGAAAUAAGAUAGCAA